UGCGACGGAGCCACAGAUGGGCCUGUUGACUCCACAAGAUGAAGUGAUGGCAGCACCGGUCUCAGAAGUGCUGGAUGUUGUGACGCCCGAGCAAGGCUCGGCGGAGCCCGUCACUGAGCCAACGUCCGAAGUAGCCUUGGACCCUGAAUUGUUAUUCGCCCUAGGUGCUUCCACAUCCGAUACACCAGAAUUUGGUAAUAAUAUUCAUGACAGUUUAAGUAACUUAUGGACCCCAAUAUUAAAGAAAGGACUUCCAAGAGAGGACAAGGACAAGCUUACAAAGGAGUACCUCCUACCCAGUAAUUGUAAAAUGUUACAAGCACCCAAGCUUAAUGCUGAAAUAUCUGCUGCUGUGGCAGAGGUUGUAAGAGGACGUGAUAAAAAGCUAGUCAGAUUCCAACAACAACUCGGUAUAGGUACCGCAGCAAUAAGCAGAGGGAUAGACACUCUGCUUACAUCUAAUGACAAGAUCGUGGCUUUGAAACAAUUAAGUGAUGGUUGCCGUUUUUUAACUGAUUUACAUCAUUUAUUAUCCAAAGACAGGAUUAAGUUGGUCACGCCUAGCCUGGAAAAGAAUUUCCUGACAGUCAUUCAAGAUGCUGAAAGGGACGAGACGUUGUUUGGCAGUUCAUUAUCUGAAAAGAUUAAAGCCAGCCAGGCUAUUAGUAGACAAAGCUCUCAAAUAAAGGCUUCGACGAAUCAGAAAGCUGCUGGUAGUGUCGGCUCCACGCAGUCAUCGGCUAAUCGUCCUGUCCCGGGAAAUUGGUCAGGACCUCCUCGUUACCCGUCAAACAGGGGGGGGAGGGGAGGUCAGCGGAGGCCGGCAGCGUCAACACCGCGCCGGACAUACCCCCUAAACCAAGCACAAGCCAAGACUUUCAACCACCAACCCAAGACACGUGCAACUGCACAGUAGCUCAGGGAGUACCAUCCCCUCUACCACAAGCUUACACUGGGUGCCGCGAGACUGUGCGGGCGGCGUUCGCGCGCCGCGGCACGCCACCAGAGGCGCUCGACUUGAUGAUGGCGUCUCUGUCUGACAGCACUGUUAAGCAGUACAAUGUAACCUUAAAGUUAUGGUGGCAGUUUUGUUCGGUUCAUAAUAUUGACGGUUUUAAUUGUUCAGUUCCAUCGGUUUUAUCUUUCUUAACGGAGCAAUUUGCAAAAGGAUGUUCAUAUGGCUCUCUUAACAGUCAUCGUUCGGCAUUGUCCUUAAUUUUAGGCGAUGUCAUCGGCUCAGAUCAAUCUAUUAAACGGUUGUUAAAAGGAGCAUACAAGUUAAAGCCAAACCGACCGAAGUAUACCUCAACAUGGGACCCACAAUUAGUACUUAAUUUUGUUUCUUCAUGGUACCCAAAUCUGGAACUUAGUAUAGAAAAUAUUACAAAGAAACUAGUUACUUUAUUAGCCAUUUGCACAGCCCAUCGGGUUCAAACUUUAUCUCUUAUCAAAAUUGAAAACAUUACAAUUUCUCAAAGUGGAGUUAAGAUAGCAAUAGUGGACAUUAUUAAAACCUCUGCUCCCGGACGGGACCAACCAGUUUUGUUUCUUCCAUUCUUUUUGCAGAACCCGAAUAUAUGUCCUGCUUCAGCUCUCAAGGAUUAUAUUUUUAUGACUAAAAAUUUGAGGGUCACGAACGCGGGCAAUCUCUUAUUGACCCAUAAAAAACCACACAAU